GUUGACGCAUGACCUUAUGUUGUGUACAGCGAACGAAACUCGGUCCUCAUGUACACUUUGUGAGAGACUCAUUAACAAUGGGGUAAUUAAAAACGCUUACCAGAUGGAACAACAUCAUGGUAUGCAUGGUGAAGAGUCAUCAAAUCUACGUAAAGACAAGAAAAUCCUUAAAACGGAACCAUCAAUCGAUGAAUUAAUUGACGCAGAUUCAACGGAAGAAUGUUCCUUGAAAAAAGAAGCAAUGGAUAACGAAGUGUGUUUGGAAUAUCUUUGUCACGUUUACCAUUAUACUGGUGAUAUUGAUAGAGGAAUCGGGAUACCUCUAAGACGAAGUGACUCUCACUGUAAAGAAAGUCGUGAGCGUUUUAGAAAAUUACUACAAGUGAUUGAUUAUAAUCAAAUGGACUUGAAACAGUAUUUUAAAGAGAGACGAUAUGGUCGUUUUAGUCUGUCAUAGCCCGCAUUUUCGAAUGCAACAGUCAAACAACUAAAAUGCAUAGUAAGAUGCAUGAAAAGUUUAAGAGGGAACUUUGCUUUCAUAUUUAACAGAAAAUAAUAAGAAGACUCCAAUGAUUGAACAUAUGGGUAUUUAAAAUUUUUUUGGCGACAUAUUUGAAAACUUUCUUAGUAAUUUCUAGACUUAUGUAUCUGAUUUCA